UUAGAGACCAUGUUCGCCUAGUACGGAAAAGUAACCACAUCUGAGGACGAAUGGAGCCACACUACAGUUGUGUUAGGAACGACACGCAACUGUUAGUUGGCGGAAUGAGGACGAGGAUGUGGUGGCCUCCCUCCCAAACAAAAGAAAGAUCACAAAAAAUUAAGUUAGAAGUUGACCCUCCCAGGCCACAAAGGCGAACAUGCUGGCGUGGCAUAGAGAUCUGGGAUACAUUAGACAGAAAAUUUUUAUUAUUUAUAUGACUGAGAAUAAAAGCGUGGCUCUAGAGCCUAUAACCACAUCCUCGUCCUCAUUCCGCCAACUAACAGUAUAUUAUGUUACGUGGAUUGAGUUUGCCUAUGUAUGGGCCUCCGAG